AUACACCAUAACUAAGCAGUUUAUUAAACAUUCAGAGGAGUUUUUGACUGGUUAAAAAGAGUUUCAAUUAGAAGUGAUUAAUCAGCACAUUGCUGACUUCAUACCAAAAAAAAGAAUGUUUCAACAACCUGGUUAUAUUGAGAACGUGUCACUCAGACUGUCCGAGGUUCUUGCUGAUAUAGGAGUGAAUGAGAGAAUUACUCUGAAAAGAAGAAGAGCAAUGCUGUUGGUGGAAUCUAUGUAUGCAUGUUCAUAUCAAAUAAUUGAUGCAAAUAAUUUUUCAUACGUCUUUGGCAGUCAGAGUGAGGGAACAACCACACCGGGACUAAAGUCAGACACUGACCAGCUUAUGUGUAUUAAUAACUGUAAUGUGAUACAAGACUGGGCCGACUGGGAACCUGGUGUGCUCAAUCUGUUGAUGAUCCAGGAUGAAACUGUAUCACCUGGUUAUUGUCUACUGCAGCGCCUGAGAGAUGAUGCUCCUCUUCCUUGCAAUCAUGUACCUGAUAAAUAUCAUUGCAGAGACAGAACAGGAAGAGUAUUGAAAAAGAACAUAAUCAUGACAGAUAGCUUAGCUGUUGUUUUUGGGGGAGGAGAGAGACAUGGUCCAGCAUAUGCAGAACAAGGACGACCUGGGACCGCGGAUAGUGAUACUGUUCUUGCUUUAACCUGUAAAUCAUGGCCUCUUCAAGCUAGGCAAAGGUUAGACUGGCAAGGUGUAGGUGAGUGGCCUUCAAAUGUCAUGAAGAGAUAUUGCAGCAAUACUGGAUGUUUUGUUGUUGGUGUUGGAAGCAAGGGCAGUCAAAAUGAAGAGUUUGAAUGGAGAAUAUCAACAUCUCUAGCUGAAAGGUGUUUAAUGUUCAAUCUCAAUAUUACACAGAUUCGAUGUUACGUCCUGAUGAAGAUGAUACUGAAAACCUUCAUCAAGCCACACUUUGAAGACAACAUUUCAAGCUUCAUGUGUAAAACAGUUCUGUUCCACUGUAUUGCAAACACAUCUGACAUCUGGAGAGAAAAUAACUUACUUGUCUGCCUAUCAAUUUGUUUAUUUGUUCUAUAUAACAGCAUCUUAAAUGAAAAUUGUUCACACUUUCUCAUACCUAGAAACAACUUGAUGAGAGGACAUAUUUCUCUUGAAUAUAAACCUUACAUUCUUGAAAUACUGCUGUAUAUUAUCAACAGUGAAGGGAGAGUAUUAUUGGAGAUUGAAUGUGAUGGACUUUGUGCAAGACUUUGGCUGAAGUUGAGUUAUUUGCUCUCAUUCAAAACAAAUGACAUUGUUUCAGGACAAUUAUUACAUUUAACUGCACGCUGUGUUGAUCAGUUCUUAUUGGAAUAUACAAUAAUUUUCAUAAGAAACAGUGGUUAUGCAGAAGCUAUACAACAAUUGCUUAAGGCUAUUUUCAAACUAGUGAUUACUUCUACUCAAUGCCAAGGUUUGGACAAAACAGCUAGCAGCCUUAUGGCUCGAUGGUAUUGUACAACCCUGGGAUCUGUCCUGGCAUCCCUCAACAUUCAACAGCAUAAUGCAAUAUCAGCAGAAGCUCUAACCUGGGUCUCACUUGGUCUGAACACAGAUGUUGCAUCUGGUAAACUGAAGCUAGCCUCUAUGUUCUACUGUAUAGGGGAUACACAAAGAGCAGAAAUUGUUCUCAGAGAUAUUGAAAGAAGCUAUGAUCUAAACAUUGUUGAGCCUAUUUGUUUAUGUAAUUGUGUCAUCAAUGAUCAAGCUUUCAGAAGAGAAUUCAAUGCAAUAUGUGACAAUCAUAAUGAAGAAGUUAUAAAGUACACUACAGCAAACUGUGUAAAAUUUCUGCCAUGUGAAAUAAACUGUGUGCCACAUGAACUAAGACAUGAAAUGUUUAGAUCUACACAAGAGGACCUUGCUUUUAGAGGCUUAAUCUUCGUUGAUGGAUGGAUGGACUUGGCUGUGGUAGAUUCCCUUCCUUACCUCUACUUUCUACAAUACAAGACCUACAGCUCUCUUGGGAGACAGGAGGAUAAGCAAAGAGCUCUUUCUAACGUUGUUAGAACAAUUAACCAGGAACCAAACCUUGGACACAGGGAAACAGCCAUGAAUCUGCUGGGACAAUGUAUGGAAAAAGAGGACUGAUCUAGAGAUGCUUUACAAUGUUAUUUUUUUAUCCCUAAACGUAAGGGAGAGAAACAAUGCUGCCAAGUUCCAUAUCUGUAGACUUGUAUCAAAUAUAAUAAAUUACCAGUAAUGGUUAGAAAAAAAACUAUAUUUUUAUAUAUAUAUAUAUAUAUAUAUAUAUAUAUAUAUAUAUAUGUAUGUAUGCACGAUCGACGUAAUACCAUUAAAGGUUUAUUUGGAUGAAAUUAGGAAAUCAUCACUUGUCAUCAUAUUUUGUAGGAUUUUCCUUUGCAAAUGGCAAUAUGUCAUUUCAAAUAUUUAUGAAGCUGAAUUUCACUGAUAUGUUAUUUACUGUCGGGCAUU